AUGACUGCCAAAGCGCCCAGAAUCGGCAUCGUCACCUGCAGCACGCGCUCCACCCGCGUCAACCCGCUCAUCACGCAGCACAUCCACGACCUCCUCGCGACCUCUAUCAUUCGCUCGGUCCCCGGCCUCGCCUCCGCCACCCUCCACGUCAUUGAUCUGGAAGCCCAAGGCCUGCCGCUCUUCGACGAGCCCGCGAUCCCCGCCUCGCUGCCCACCACCGACCCGACGCCGCACUACCUCCAACCGCACACGCGCCGGUGGUCCGCCGCGGUCCGCGCCCACGACGCGUUCGUCUUCGUCACGCCGCAGUACAACUGGAGCGUGCCGGCGAGCCUGAAAAACGCGCUCGACUACCUGUACCACGAGUGGGCGGGCAAGCCGGCGGCGGUGGUGACGUACGGGAGCCGCGGCGGCGGGAGGGCGGCGACGCACCUGCGGGAGAUCUUGGCGGGGCUGAAGAUGGCGGUGGCGGGCACGGCGGUGCCACUGAAGAUUGGCGUGGAUGAUGUGAGCGAGUGCCUGGCCGAGGGCGCGCUGAGCGAUGCGGUGGUGCGGCGCUGGGAAGAGGCCGGCGUGGAGGAGACGCUGCGAUCGGCUGUGACCGAGAUGGGGGAGAAGGAGUAG